AUGUGGUUGUCACGGGGGCUUCUUGCCUCUACACUCCUUACCGCCAUCAAGGCACAAGACGAUAACAACAACAACGACAUUCCUUCACUUGAUAUCCCAGACCUCGCAACACAGAUCCGAGGUUCUAUCUUUGCUGUAUCUCUAAUUCCCCAUGCUGAGACAACCCUGAGCGGAGGUCAUGGCACCCUCAACGACAACGAUGACGCCUUUCCCGCUACCGCUCUUCCUCAUGAUCAGUCCGCCCCUGGCGGAGCUUCUCCCAACACACCUGUGGCCCAGCAGCCUCCCACCAUUACGAUCCCUCCUUCCACCGACUAUCCUUACGAGAGAAUCAUCAAGGCGUACACAGGGACGCGAACCAUCAUCAAUGUUGUCACUACGAUUGCCGAGCCAGACGGAACGCGAGCCGGUACCGUCAUUGUCGAGCUUGCUAGCACGCUUUAUUCGGCCUUCACACCUGGACAGUCUGGCGCUCUGACGAUUCCUCCCUCGUUGGAGGAUCCCAUGUUCACUGUCAUUCAGGCAUUCCCUGGACCUACGACUCUGCCACCCAGAACGAUUACUAUUUCUGCUUCAGGAACGAACCCUGGAACUGUCAUUAUUCAGACUCCUUGGCCUGAGACACCAAACACGGCUACACCUGGAUCUCCUGGUGCACCCGAUGCGGGCUCUCCUGAUACUGGCUCACCUGGCUCUGGAUCUCCGGAUUCAGGAGCUCCUGGUGCUGGUUCUCCCGACUCUGGUUCGCCUGAUGCUGGCUCUCCAGACUCCGGUUCUCCUGGUGCAGAUGCUCCUGGCGCAGGCUCUCCUGGAUCGCCAGGAUCUGCCGACACUUCCAACGUCGUCAUCAUCCAGACUUACACUGGUACCGUCUCCAUCACUCGACCCGUCCUCACUACCAUCACGGCACCUGGCGGUGGUCAGGGUACUGUCGUCAUCCAGGUUCCUCCUGGAACUCAGGGUGCUGGCGAAACCGUCACGAUUCCUCCCAGCGCCGACAGCCCUUUCACCACCAUCCUCCGUCCUCACACUGGGCCUACUCCUAUCUCCACGGCAGUCACCAUCCUCAUUCCCCCGACCGCAGGAGGAGAUGGCGGAACCAUCGUUAUCGAGACUCCGACUCCCGAUAGUGGUGAUACGGGAAUCAUCGAUCCCGGAAACAAGGUCGCUCAGCCUGGCAAUGAGCUGCCAACUGGGCAGAGGAACGUCGUCGUCACUCUUCCAUCAGACCCCAACAGCCCGUUCGUCACGAUUGUGCAGGGUCAUGACGGAACUGACACGAUUACGGUGCCGACCACUAUCACGAUUCAGCCCAGUGGAGGCGAGAAGGGAACCAUCAUUAUUGAGACUCCCAACGCGCCGGCUCCGACUCAAGGUUCGCCGAUUACGAUCGCGCCUGGCCCUGGCGGCUCCACUACCACGAUUGUGAGGGAGCACACCGGUGAUCCAAUUACGGUCCCUACUACCAUCACAAUCACUGGAGCACCUGGGCAACCCGGCACGAUCAUCAUCGAGACCCCGAGCCUGAAUAGCCCUCAGACCAGAGUUCGAUCUCCUGAUGAGCCCAUCACCAUCCCGAGUGGCCCAGAUUCUCCUACAACCAUCUUCCGACCCCACGUUGGUGAUCCCAUCACCGAGCCUAUUACUCUCACUAUUGCGCCUUCGGGAGGUCAGCCUGGUACAGUCAUCAUCGAGACUCCUGCUCCCUCUACUCCCCAGCCGGGUCAGGAGACCAUCACCAUUCCUGCUGGUGGUGAUAGCCCAUGGGCGACCAUUGUUCGGCCGCAUCCUGGUGAUCCGAUCACGUCUGCUAUCACCAUCACCCAGACCCCAGUUGGAGACCAGCCCGGUACCAUCAUCAUUGAGACUCCUGUCACCAAGUUCCAGCAGACCCCAACUGCCCAGACCCCCUCUGGCGCUCAAACUUCACCUGGAGCUCAGACCGGGCCUGAUGGAUCUGUUCAGACUUCUCAGCCUGGUGAUUCUGGUGAUGGCGAGCUCACGAUCCCUCCUAGUCGUGACAACCCUUACAUCACCAUCUACCGGCCUCACACUGGUGAUCCCAUCACUGCCCCUAUCACCAUUACUCAGACUCCUGCGAAUGGACAACCGGGUACUAUCAUAAUUGAGACUCCAGCGACGAGGAUCAACACCCCGGCCGGCACUGAGCCCAUCACUAUCCCGACUGCUUCUGAUAGGCCCUACGUGACAAUCUACCGACCUCGCGAGGGAUCGCCGAUUACUGAGCCGAUCACCAUCACCCAGCCUCCUGCCAAUGGCCAGCCCGGAACUAUCAUCAUUGAGACUCCGGCGCCCGAGGUCACCGUGGCUCCCACCUCUUCGGGCGGUCUUGCCACUGUCUUCCGUCCGCACACGGGUGAUCCUAUCACGGCUCCCAUCACCAUCGCGGAUGGCAGCACCGUCUACAUCGAGACUCCCCCGCCGGUCAAGUGGGCUCAGACUCAGAGCUCGGCUCAGCAGCCGACCACCGUCUCUGGUUCAGAUGGCUACAUCACCAUCUACACCCCGUAUCCCGGCCCUGGAACCAUUGAUACUCCUAUCACCAUCGUUACUCCCCCUCGGGACGGUCAACCUGGAACGGUUCUGAUUGAGACGCCUGUGCCACAGACCCCCACCCAGGGCCCGGUCGAAACGCCAGAGCCCGCGACCACUGUGUCUGGCUCGGAUGGUUACGUGACGAUCUACACUCCUUACCCAGGACCUGGCAAGAUCUCGUCACCUAUCACUAUCAUUACUCCUCCUCAGGGAGGACAGCCCGGAACUGUUCUCAUUGAGACCCCAGUUCCUGACCUGACUCAGCCUCAGCAGAGUGGCCCGGCUACUGUUACCGAUCCUGAGCGAUGGGUUACCAUCUACACGCCUUUCCCUGGCCCCGGCACGAUUUCGCAGCCCAUCACCAUCACUCAGCCUCCUGCGAAUGGACAGCCUGGUACUAUCCUCAUCGAGACACCAGUACCUCAGAGUUCGAACCCUUCGGACUUCUACGUGACUGUCUACCGACCUUAUCCAGGCCCAGGAACUAUCACUACGCCCAUCACUCUGACCCAGCCUCCUGCCAAUGGUCAGCCCGGCACUAUCUUUAUCGAGACUCCUGCUCCUCCUACGGAGACUCCGACUCCGACUGUGCCACAGAUGUCGGCUGGGCCUAUCACUAUCCCUCCUGGUCCUACUGGUUCCUACGUGACCAUCUACAGACCUUACCCAGGCCCUGGCACUAUUACUGCGCCCAUCACAUACACCCAGCAGCCUUCGAAUGGACAGCCUGGCACCGCCAUCAUUGAGACUCCCGUGUCGGCGGCCCCUUCGACGACCGAGACUCCUGGUGGAACGCUCACUGUUCCGACUGCUUCAGAUCGGCCAUAUGUUACCAUCUACCGACCUUACCCAGGUCCUGGUAACAUCGACUAUCCUAUCACCAUGACGCAGCCUCCCGCGAACGGUCAGCCUGGAACCAUCAUUAUCGAGACCCCGACUCCGGUUGUCUUUACCAAGUUCCAGCCCAGCAGGCCGCCGGUCACGAUUCCAGCCGAUGAUGAUAACUAUAUCACCAUCUACCGACCUCACACCGGAGCUCCUAUCACUGCGCCAAUCACGGUCACUACGAUCGCCCCCUCAGGCGGGCAGCCCGGCACAGUGAUUAUCGAGACUCCGGCUGUUGUUGAGUCGACUGAGGCUCAGACCACUAGCGACGCGGCCGUUACUAUUCCUCAGGGUCAGGAUGGCUAUGUGACUGUUUAUCGACCUCAUACUGGUUCUCCCAUUACGGCGCCGAUUACUGUCACUACCAUCCUUCCUUCGGGAGGUCAGCCUGGUACUGUGAUCAUUGAGACCCCAGGUCCCGUGGAUCCCACUCAACCUGAGACUACGACUGCUCCCCCGCCAGUUACGAUUCCUGCUGAUCAGGGUGGCUAUGUUACCGUCUACAGGCCUUAUCCAGGCCCUGGCUCUAUCACGGCUCCUCUCACUGUUGGUACUAUCGCUCCUUCAGGUGGUCAACCCGGUACUGUCAUCAUUGAGACGCCAGUUCCCCAGACCCCCACUGAGACUCAGUCUCCACCGGUCACUGUUCCUCAGGGCGAUGAUGGUUAUGUCACGGUCUAUCGUCCGUAUCCCGGCCCUGGGAUUAUCACAGCGCCUAUUACGGUCACAACCAUUGCUCCCUCAGGCGGACAGCCGGGUACUGUUAUCAUCGAGACCCCAGUGCCACAGACACCGGCGCCAACUCAGUCGGCGACUCUCACUGUUUCCGAUGAUCAGAAUGGUUACAUCACCAUCUACAGGCCAUACACUGGAGCGAGUGCCAUUACGGCCCCGAUCACGGUCACCACUAUUCCCCCAUCUGGUGGACAACCAGGAACGGUCAUCAUUGAGACCUUGGUGCCUCAGACUCCUACUGAGACUCAGUCCUCUGGUAACCCUCCAGUGACGAUCCCUCCUGGUCCUGAUAACUCGUAUGUGACGGUCUAUCAGCCGUAUCCUGGUCCUGGAGUCAUCACGGCUCCUGUCACAGUCACUACGAUCGAGCCCUCUGGUGGACAGCCUGGGACUAUCAUCAUUCAGACUCCCGUCCCCUCGACACCGACGCCGACUGCCGACCCUCCUGUCACCAUUCCUCCUGGCCCUGAGAACUCGUACGUCACGGUCUAUAGGCCUCACGAGGGUCCCGACCAGAUCACUGCGCCUAUCACCGUCACCACCAUCGAGCCGACCAACGGCCAACCUGGAACCAUCAUCAUCGAGACCCCUGGCCUGCAGACUGGCAACAAGGUCAACAUCCCGCCAGUCACCAUUUCUCCCGGCCCACAGGAGACCUACGUCACGGUUUACAGGCCUCACACUGGAGCCGACGUUAUCACUGCUCCCAUUACGGUCACGACCAUCGCUCCUUCAAAUGGCCAGCCGGGAACAGUUAUCAUUGAGACUCCCGUCGAGGCCCAGCCAACCUCAACCCAAGAGGCUCCAUCGACGAUCUCCUCGCCUGGUGCUUCUUACAUCACUGUCUACCGACCCCACACUGGGCCUGAUGUGAUUACCGCACCUGUCACUGUUACCACUAUCCCGCCAUCUGGGGAUCAGCCUGGUACUGUGAUCAUUGAGACUCCCGCACUAGUCGAGCCCUCAACUUCGGCAGAUGAGCCUACUACGGUAUCUUCACCUGGUGCUACUUACGUAACUGUCUAUAGGCCGCACACUGGACCCGACGUCAUCACCGCGCCGGUCACAGUUACUACGAUCCCUCCUUCCGGAGAUCAACCCGGUACAGUCAUCAUCGAGACCCCCACCGACCCCGAGCCCACUCCGGCCCCGGCUCCGGCCCCACCUUUGACCACCUCUCGUUCCGGCGCGUCUUAUCUCACCGUCUAUCGCCCUCACACCGGAGCGGACGAGAUCACGGGUGAGGUUACGAUUACGACUAUUGACCCUACAGAUGACGGACCCGGAACCAUUAUCAUCGAGACUCCGAUUCAGAGGGUGGUUGUGCUAACAACCUCCUCUCAAGCUGACUACUAUGUUACAGUUUACCGACCUCACGAGGGUCCAGACGUUAUCACAGAGCCAGUGACUGUCACCACCAUUGCACCAUUGGACGGACAGCCUGGUACUGUGAUUAUUGAGACCCCAGGUCCGCAGGCGCCUCCAGUGACCACUUCUGGCCCUGCUCCUUCGUACAUCACCAUCACUCGCCCCUACACUGGACAAGAUGUCAUCACGGCACCGAUCACCGUCACCACAAUUCCACCUCAGGGCGACGAGCCUGGUACCGUGAUCAUCGAGACGCCAACGGAACAGGCCGCGCCCGUCACUUCUGCCGGUCCUGCCCCGUCCUACGUCACAGUGUAUCGGCCACAUACCGGUCCUGACGUUAUCACGGAGCCAGUCACGGUCACGACUAUCGCUCCUACCGGAGACCAGCCCGGUACGGUCAUCAUUGAGACCCCAGGUCCACAGGCGCCUCCAGUGACAACUGCCGGUCCUGCUCCCUCGUACAUUACGAUCUAUCGACCGUACAGCGGAACGGAUGUGAUCACUGGUCCCGUUACCGUCACCACGAUUGCCCCCGAGGGAGACCAACCCGGCACAGUCAUUAUCGAGACCCCUGGUCAAGCGCCUGCCACCACCACCUCUGGUCCUGCUCCUUCGUGGAUCACAGUGUAUCGACCUUACUCUGGCGUUGACAUUAUCACGGCUCCUAUCACCGUUUCAACCAUCCAGCCAGACGGCGACCAGCCCGGUACCAUCAUCAUUGAGACCCCUGUUGAGCGAGUUGCCGCAACCACGUCGACCUACGAGCCAUUCUAUGUCACCGUUUUCCGACCUUAUCCUGGUCCAGGCCAGAUUGAUGCGCCUAUCACGGUGACUACCAUCGCUCCCGAGGGAGAUCAACCAGGCACUGUCAUUAUCGAGACCCCAGGGCAAGCUCCUCCUGUGACAGCCACUCCGGAACCUUCAUACGUGACAGUAUUCCGACCCUACACCGGAACCGGCUUCAUUACCGAACCUACGACUGUCACGACGAUUGAACCCCAAGGCGACCAGCCUGGAACCGUCAUCGUUGAGACUCCCGGUCAAGCCCCUCCGGUCACGGCCAGCCCCGAGCCUGAGCCGUACUACAUCACGGUUUAUCGCCCGUAUCCCGGCCCCGGUGAAAUUACUGCUCCCGUCACUGUCACGACGAUUUCUCCUUCAGGAACCGAUCCAGGCACAGUCAUCAUUGAGACCCCUGCCCCGGUCACAAGCAGCUCUGAGCCUGAACCGUCUUAUGUAACUGUCUAUCGCCCUUACCCUGGCCCCGGCGAAAUCACCGCGCCUGUUACCGUCACGACUAUUGAGCCUUCAGGAACAGAGCCAGGAACGGUCAUCAUCGAGACUCCCGGCCAAGCCCCUCCUGUCACUAGCAGUCCUCAGCCAGAGCCGACCUAUGUGACAGUGUAUCGCCCAUACCCUGGCCCUGGAGAGAUUACCGCUCCUGUCACGGUCACUACCAUCGAGCCUUCUGGCACCGAGCCCGGUACAGUUAUCAUUGAGACCCCAGGCCAGGCUCCCCCAGUUACCUCCAGCCCUGAGCCUGAGCCGUCUUAUGUCACGGUCUAUCGCCCGUACCCAGGUCCUGGCGAGAUCACUGCUCCAGUCACUGUGACAACUAUCGAGCCCUCGGGAACCGAGCCGGGAACAGUCAUCAUCGAGACCCCCGGACAGGCUCCUCCUGUCACAUCUUCCCCCGAGCCUUCGUACAUCACUGUGUAUCGGCCUUAUCCUGGCCCCGGCCAGAUUACCGAGCCCGUGACCGUCACGACGAUCGAGCCUCAAGGAACCGAGCCAGGAACCGUCAUCAUCGAAACGCCCGGACAAGCUCCUCCUGUUACAACUGCCGAGCCCUCGUACAUCACAGUAUAUCGCCAAUACCCUGGCCCAGGCCAAAUCACUGGCCCUAUUACGGUGACGACGAUCGAGCCUUCAGGUACUGAGCCUGGCACGGUUAUCAUUGAAACGCAAGGACCCAUCACAACUGCCGAGCCGACCUAUAUCACGGUCUAUCGUCCUUACCCGGGACCUGGCCAGAUUACUGAGCCAGUGACCGUCACCACGAUUGAUCCAACAGGUACCGAGCCUGGCACUAUUAUCAUCGAGACUCCUGGUCAGGCACCUCCUGUGACCACUCGCCCUGGGCCCUCUUGGAUUACCACCUUCAGGGCCUAUACCGGAACCCCCAUGAUCACUGAGUCUACUACGGUUACAACGAUUGAUCCUCAAGGUGACGAGCCCGGUACGGUCAUCAUUGAGACUCCCGUUCCAGUUACUAGCAGCCCUGCGCCAUCUUGGAUCACGAUCUUCAGACCUUACACUGGAACUCCAAUGAUCGCUGAGCCCACAACCGUCACUACCAUCGACCCCCAGGGUGACCAGCCCGGAACAGUUAUCAUUGAAACUCCAGGACAGGCGCCGCCGAUCACUGCCACCCCUGAGCCUUCUUGGAUCACGGUCUUCAGGCCUUACCCCGGUCCUGGCGAAAUCACUGCUCCUGUCACGGUUACUACGAUUGAACCCCAAGGAGAUCAACCUGGUACCGUCAUCAUUGAGACCCCCGGCCAGGCAGCUCCUGUGACAGCAGCUCCCGCCUCCUAUGUGACAGUCUACACACUCUACACUGGAGCCGAGCCCAUCACUGGACCUAUCACAGUGACUACCAUUCCCCCUCAGGGUGACGAACCCGGAACCGUUGUCAUCGAGACCCCUGGUCCAGAGCCGACUACUUCUCGCGAGCCUUCGUACAUCACUGUCUAUAGGCCUCACUCUGGCCCUGACGUGAUCACUGCACCAGUCACUGUUACGACUAUUGAGCCUCAAGGCGAUCAACCCGGUACAGUCAUUAUCGAGACUCCGGGUCAGGCACCGCCAGUCACAACAGCCGAGCCUUCUUACAUGACCAUCUGGAGGGCUUACACUGGUGUUGACCCCAUCACAAACUCGAUCACGGUUACGACGAUCCCGCCUCAGGGAGACCAGCCAGGAACAGUCAUCAUUGAGACCCCUGUUCCUCAGCCAACCACUUCUGCCGAGCCCUCUUACAUUACGGUCUAUCGACCCUACCCAGGACCCGGCCAAAUUACUGCCCCCGUCACCGUCACGACUAUCGAGCCCCAAGGCGAUCAGCCCGGUACUGUGAUCAUCGAGACUCCCGGCCAGGCUCCGCCUAUCACGACCUCUGAUCCUGCUCCUGAGCCUUCAUACAUCACAGUGUAUAGGCCUUAUCCAGGACCUGGACAGAUCACGGCGCCGGUCACAGUCACCACCAUCGAGCCUUCUGGCACCGAGCCUGGUACGGUUAUCAUCGAAACGCCGGGUCAGGCUCCUCCCAUCACCACCUCGGAGCCUGCUCUAGAGCCCUCGUAUGUGACUGUGUACAGGCCGUAUCCUGGACCUGGAGAAAUCACAGCGCCAGUUACGGUCACAACUAUCGAGCCGCAAGGGGAUCAACCUGGUACCGUCAUCAUUGAGACUCCUGGUCAGGCUCCCCCGAUCACGACCUCAGAGCCUGCCCCAGAGCCCUCAUACAUUACGGUUUAUCGUCCUUAUCCUGGCCCCGGUGAGAUCACAGCCCCCGUCACGGUGACGACGAUUGAACCACAAGGCGACCAGCCCGGAACAGUCAUCAUUGAGACCCCUGGUCAAGCUCCUCCCAUCACGACUUCGGAGCCUGCCCCUGAGCCUUCCUAUAUUACUGUCUAUAGGCUUUAUACUGGCCCCGGCGAGAUUACGGCGCCAGUUACGGUUACAACCAUUGAGCCUUCAGGAACGGAGCCCGGCACAGUUAUCAUCGAAACCCCCGGCCAGGCUCCUCCGAUUACCACUUCGGAAGCCCAGCCUACGUACAUUACGAUUUACACGCCAUAUCCAGGUCCCGGUCAGAUCACUACUCCGAUCACCGUUACGACGAUCGAACCUCAAGGAACCGAGCCUGGCACAGUCAUCAUCGAGACCCCAGGCGAAGCACCACCGAUCACGACUUCGGAGCCCGCACCUGAACCCUCUUACGUCACGGUCUAUAGACCUUAUCCGGGUCCCGGCCAGAUUACUGCACCGGUUACGGUCACAACCAUCGAGCCCCAAGGAACCGAACCCGGAACGGUGAUUAUCGAGACCCCCGGGCAAGCUCCUCCAAUCACUACCGCAGAGCCCUCAUACAUCACAAUCACUAGGCCCUACAGUGGUGUCAAUCCUAUCACGGGUCCCAUUACCGUCACGACUAUCCCUCCCACUGGUACCGAUCCCGGCACAGUCAUUAUUGAGACCCCAGAAGCCCAGUCCACGACUGAGUUUGAUCCUUCGUACAUUACGAUUACUCGAGCCUACCGCGGCAUUGAUCCUAUUACUGGUCCUAUCACGGUCACAACGAUUCCACCAACAGGCAUUGAUCCCGGUACUGUCAUCAUUGAGACUCCAGAGGCCCAGACGACUUCGGAGUUUGAGCCUUCAUACAUCACGAUAUACAGGCCUUACAGUGGUGUCGAAAUCAUCACUGCCCCAACCACGGUCACAACGAUUCCUCCCCAAGGAACAGAUCCUGGAACCGUUAUCAUCGAAACCCCAGGUCAAGCACCACCGAUCACUACAUCUGACCCUGAGCCUUCGUACAUCACAAUCACUCGGCCUUAUACAGGCGCUGAGCCCAUCACGGCCCCGAUCACCGUCACCACUAUUCCUCCAACUGGCACCGACCCAGGCACAGUCAUCAUCGAGACUCCGGAUGCCACCACUGAGGCUGCUCCGACCACCAGCGCUCCUGAGCCUACCUACGUGACCAUCUACAGACCUUACACUGGUUCUGACACAAUCACCGCUCCGGUCACUGUCACCACUAUUGCUCCCACCAAUGGCGAGCCCGGAACCGUCAUCAUCGAGACCCAGGUGUCCCAGACUCAGAGCGAUUCGUAUGUCACAGUUUACAGGCCAUACACUGGAACAGCUUCCUACUCUGAGCCCAUCACCGUCACAACGAUCGCUCCCACCAACGGUGAGCCAGGCACUGUCAUCAUCGAGACCCUGGCGCCUCAGACUGAGUCUCCCGAGACUACGACUGAGCCUCCUGCGAUCACGAUUCCUCCUUCUGAUAAUAGCCGCAAUGUCACCGUCAUCCGACAGUACCCUGGCCCUGGCACAAUCGACUCGCCCAUCACUUCUUACGAGCCCCCAAGCGGUCCUGGGGAGCCCGGUACCGUCAUUAUUGAGACUCCGGCUCCUGCUCCAGCCACCACGAGCGAAGAUCCUGGUCGCAAUGUGACUGUCUACACUCCAGGUCCUCCUUACUUGACGGCUCCCUUGACCCGAUUCCAGCCUGCUACGGCUGCCGGCGAGCCUGGUACUGUGAUCAUCGAGACGCCUGUUCCUACUACGGCUGAGGAGCGCAACGUGACUAUCAUCACGGAGGGACCUGAGUCUCUCACUGCGCCAUUCACUACCUACUCGCCUCCAGGUUCUCCAGGCGAUCCCGGUACUGUCAUCAUCGAGACACCAGGACCUCGCAAUGUCACCAUCACCAGAGAAGGCCCUACCUUCUUCACCACCUACUCGCCUCCAGGUGCUUCUGGUGAUCCCGGAACUUUCAUCGUUGAGACUCCUGCUGAGCGCAAUGUCACUGUCGUUGAAGAAGGUCCCGAGGAGCUCACGGAGCCUCACACUACAUACUCGCCUCCUCGAUCGGCCGGUGACCCUGGAACUAUUAUCAUCGACACUCCUCGAGCACGCCUUGCGGUCCGGCCAACCACAACUACACCCGAGCCCGAAACCACUUCCACUGAGGCUGCGACCAUCAACACGCCAACGGCCCCGACAGCUUCUACCACUGAGCCCAUCACGGAGCCAGCCUCGACUGACGAUGGCACCACCAGCAACCCUGAUGCUCUCACCAUCACUCCCGAUGACAAGCACGACCAUAUCACUGUGGUUGAGCCCAACACUGAGUAUCCCGGUGUUACUGACAACAUCACUCACAUUAUCCCUCCCACUGAUGGUCAACCGGGAACUCAUGUCAUCUACACGCCAGUCACAGACACUGCUGAGUCUACGUCCGAGUCAACCUCAGAUUAUGUCACGAGAUUCGAGACUAUCACUAUUCCCGGUGAUCCGUCUACACUCACAAAGAACGAUACUGCUUCCGGCGACCCCGAGACCACCGGCGUGGAGACCAACACCAUCAUCAUUCCCCCAUCCGGCACCGAGCCUGGAACUGUCCUCGUUCACACCAGUGUCUAUCUGGAUCAGACGUUGGCCCAACACGGCAACGUCACCAUCACCCGGGCUGGACCUCCCGGCGUCACCACUCCUUUCACCACUUACGAGCCGCCGGCUCAAGAAACCGAUCCUGGCACCAUCAUCAUUGAGACGCCAGAUUACAAUGUUACCAUCACUAGAGCCGCUCCUGAGUCUAUCACAACCACAUUCACUACCUACUCACCACCGGCCAACCCCGGUGAUCCAGGCACGGUUAUCGUUGAAACCCCUGAUUACAACGUCACUAUCACUAGGGAGGCGCCCGCUUCUAUCACUACUCCUUUCACUACCUAUAACCCACCUGGAACACCUGGCGAUCCUGGCACAGUCGUCGUCGAGACUCCCAACGGCGAUUACAAUGUCACCAUCACCAGAGCUGCCCCUGCCUCUAUCACGACCCCGUUCACGACUUAUUCGCCCCCGGCUACCCCAGGCGAUCCCGGCACGGUUAUCGUCGAGACUCCCGACUACAACGUCACGAUUACCAGGGCCGCUCCUCCUUCGGUCACAACGCCGUUCACAACUUAUUUACCUCCCGGAACCCCUGGCGACCCCGGAACCGUCAUUGUCGAGACCCCCGAUUACAACGUCACCAUCACUCGCGCUGGUCCUUCAUCGGUUACCACACGGUUUACCACCUACUCGCCGCCAGGCUCUGCUGGUGAUCCCGGCACUAUCAUCAUUGAGACUCCCGAUUACAGUGUGACGGUUACACGAUCUGGACCUACCUCGUGGACAACCUAUUCACCACCGGCUUCUGCAGAUGAUCCAGGAGCCAUCUUCAUUGAUGUUCCCGAGGAUAGAGUGGCCGAUCCCACUACAUCUGAUGAGCCUACCACUGCUGAGGAGUCCCGCAAUGUCACCAUUACUCGUGCACGCCCCAGCACGGCUACCGAUAUGUUCACAACUUACGAGCCUCCUGCCACACGAGGUGAUCCCGGUACCAUCAUCAUCGAGACACCUCUUGUCAGAGUCGCUGGAAACGACCCAACCACUGUUGACGAGACCACGACUACUGAGGAGACUACAACCUUGGAGGAGCCCAGCGCCAGCAACGUCACCAUCACUGAGGUGGUCAGCACAAUCACCAGACCUUACACCACCUACUCGCCAGCUGGUGCUAGGGGUGAUCCUGGUACUGUUAUCAUCGAGCUUCCGCCGGACCACAACGUCACCGUCACCGAAUACGUCAGCUCGAGAACUGCUCCUUACACUACAUAUUCUCGUGCCGCGGUUCAAGGUGAUCCCAACACGGUGAUAAUUGAGCUUCCUCCUGAGCGCAACGUGACGACAACUGAAUACGUCAGCACCAUCACUGCCCCCUACACGACUUAUUCACCUCCAGGCGCAGCCGGAGAUCCUGGCACCAUUAUCAUCGAGCUUCCACCUGACCGCAACGUCACAACAACCGAGUAUGUGAGCACGAUAACUGCUCCUUACACAACGUAUUCGCCCCCAGGUGCUGCCGGCGAUCCUGGCACUAUCAUUAUCGAGCUGCCCCCUGAGAGGAACGUGACCACAACCGAGUACGUGAGCACCAUAACGGCGGCCUACACAACCUAUUCGCCUCCUGCUUCUCCCGGCGAUCCAGGCACGAUCAUCAUCGAGCUUCCUCCCGAUAGCAACGUUACUAUCACCGAGGUAGUCAGCACGAUCACUGCUCCUUACACAACCUAUUCCCCCCCUGGAGCCGCUGGCGACCCAGGCACCGUCAUCGUUGAGCUUCCUCCUGAUCACAAUGUGACCAUCACGACGGAGAUCGAAACCAUCACGGAGCCCUACACCACGUACUCACCACCCGCAAACCGAGGCGAUCCAGGCACUAUCAUUAUCGAGCUACCGCCGGAUCGCAAUGUGACUAUCACGAAGGAGGUCGACACAAUCACAGAGCCAUACACCACCUACUCGGCACCCGCCAACCGUGGUGAUCCCGGAACUGUCAUUGUUGAGCUUCCCCCUGACCGCAACGUGACCGUGACGACUGUCAUCGAGACAAUCACCCAGGCAUACACAACAUACGCAUCGCCCGCCAACCGUGGGGAUCCUGGAACCGUCAUUGUCGAGUUACCGCCGGAUCACAAUGUUACGAUCACAACCCAGGUCGACACGAUUACAGCGCCAUAUACGACUUACUCGCCUCCAGCCAACCGAGGUGACCCUGGUACUAUUAUCGUCGAAUUGCCGCCAGACUCCAAUGUGACCAUCACCACCCAGGUCGACACAAUCACGGCGCCGUAUACAACCUACUCGCCGCCAGCCAACAGAGGUGACCCAGGUACCAUUAUCGUCGAAUUGCCGCCGGAUCACAAUGUCACGAUCACAACCGAGGUCGAUACGAUUACAGCGCCUUAUACCACUUACUCGCCUCCAGCCAACAGAGGCGACCCUGGUACGAUUAUCGUGGAGAUGCCGCCAGACCGCAACGUCACUAUCACGACGAUUGUUGAUACCAUCACCGCACCUUAUACAACCUAUUCGCCUCCUAGCAACCGAGGAGACCCCGGAACCGUCAUCGUCGAAUUGCCCCCUGACCAUAACGUCACUAUCACAACCGAGGUUGAGACCAUUACGGAACCUUAUACUACCUACUCGCCGCCAGCGAACAGAGGAGAUCCCGGUACCAUUAUCGUGGAGAUGCCUCCUGACCGCAACGUGACUACUACCGUUGCUGGACCCAGCACCCUCACAGGCCGCUACACUACCUACUCGCCUCCUGGACGCGCUGGAGACCCCGGCACAAUCAUCGUCGAGACACCACCCCACCACAACAUUACGAUCACUACCGAAGGUGACGAAACGCUCACCGGUCCAUUCACUACCUACAUUCCACCCGGAUCUGAAGAUGAUCCCGGCACCAUUCUCAUCGAGACUCCAAGAGCCAGGUACCACAUCUCGUGCGCCUACGACCACGAGCUCUACAACUACAUCUUCUACUACGUCUACAACCACAUCCCGUGCACCAACCACGAGUUCCUCGACCACGUCUUCUACUACGUCUACAACCACCUCCCGUGCACCAACCACGAGUUCUUCGACCACUUCUUCUACUACGUCUACAACCACAUCUCACGCUCCAACCACGAGCUCAUCAACCACAAGUUCUACAACUACCUCUCGUACAACGUCAACCUCUACUACAGUGCUGCAGCGGCUACCGUCCGAUUCGACUGCGAUGUCUACGGAUACCUCUUCCAGAAGACCUCACUGUACCGUGUUGAGAUUACCACUGGAAAGACUACCCUUAUCAAGUCAGGCAUCGGUCCUGGUGGCUGGAUCAACGGUAUCGGUUACAACCGAUAUGACGAUUACAUCUAUGGUAUGGUCAUGGAUGACACGGGUUCUCAGCUUAUCCGAAUCGGCGCAGACGGUGGCUGGACCUUACUCUCUGCCCGUGUCUCCAACCGCAACGUCAUCAUGGGUGAUAUCGACAACCAAGGUCGCUACUGGUUCUCUGAUGCUGGUCGACCUUGGUGGGCCAUCGAUCUCUACCCCGGCUCUUCCACAUAUGGCAAGAUCAUCCUGAGUGGAACAGCAACUCACGAUGAUGGUAUGGCCGAUUGGGCCUUCGUCCCUGGAGGUGGUGACUACAUGUAUGCCAUCCAGUACACAUCGACAUCGUCCACCUUGACUCGGUUCAGCCGCACAAGCUACACCUGGCAGACCCUCAAGGCCUAUGGCAACAUCACGGGCAACAACGUCUGGGGUGCCCUGUACGCGGCCGCCGACGGAAACUUGUACGGAUCCGAGAACACCAGCGGCAACAUCUACAAGUUCCCCAUUGCCCCGACCAUCGGAAACCCCAAGUUCCUCGCCGCGGGACCCGUGUCAAGCUGGAACGACGGAGCCAGAUGUAUCGACAGCGAGUCUAUUGUCGCCUAA